UCUCCGUCUCCUUCAUCCCUUCCCGUUUCGGUUCGCCGUCUCUGUCUCUGUCUCUCUCUUCUUCAGUUUCGCGGCACUCACCGCUCCUCGACCGUUGACGCUCCACCAGUCUCUCUCUCUCUCUCUCUCUCUCUCUCUCUCUCUGCCCCUCUCUCCUGUGUUUGUAAUUCUCCAGAAAUCAUCAAUAUGAAGGUGAAAGUAAUAUCUCGAUCCACAGAUGAACAUACCAAGGAACGAAGCCAAGACCUCCAGAGGGUGUUCCACAAUUACGACCCCGCCAUUCGACCCCAAGAGAAGGCCGUUGAGUAUGUUCGGGCUCUUAAUGCCGCCAAAUUAGACAAGAUUUUCGCAAAGCCGUUUGUUGGAGCAAUGGAUGGGCAUAUAGAUGCUAUUUCGUGUAUGGCAAAAAACAUGAACCACUUGGUAGGAAUAUUCUCCGGUUCAAUGGAUGGAGAUAUUCGGCAUUGGGAUAUAGCUUCCAGGCGCACAGUUCAUCAGUUUCCUGGCCACCAAGGUGCUGUGCGAGGUUUAGCAGUCUCUACAGAUGGACGUGUUCUUGUCUCUUGUGGAACUGAUUGCAGUGUCAGGCUCUGGGCCGUACCUAUUUCUACUGCGAUGGAGCUAGAUGUCUCAUCUGACAAGUCUGUUGAGCCACUAGAGACUUAUGUUUGGAAGAAUGCAUUUCGGUCUGUUGAUCACCAAUGGAAUUUUGAUCGCUUUGCCACAGGUGGAGCUGGUGUAGACAUAUGGAACCACAACAGGUCUGCACCGGAACAGAGUUUGGAAUGGGGAACAGACACAGUUAUAUCUGUCCGGUUUAAUCCUGGACAGCCUGAUCUUUUGGCAACAUCCGCAAGUGAUCGCAGCAUAGCACUAUAUGACUUACGCAUGGGGAAACCAACAGCGAAGCUUAUCAUGGCGACAAAAACCAAUUCUAUUUGUUGGAACCCAAUGGAGCCAUUCAACUUCACUGCUGCAAAUGAGGACUGCAAUUGCUAUAGCUUUGAUUCUAGAAAGCUUAAUGCAGCAACGUGUGUGCACAAAGAUCAUGUUUCUGCUGUGAUGGAUAUAGAUUAUUCUCCAACUGGUAGAGAAUUUGUAACUGGGUCUUAUGAUAGAACAGUGAGAAUUUUCCAGUAUAAUGGUGGUCACAGCCGGGAGAUUUAUCAUACAAAGAGAAUGCAAAGGGUGUUUUGUGUCAAGUUCAGCUGUGAUGCUAGUUAUGUUAUUUCUGGGAGUGAUGACACAAAUCUUAGGCUUUGGAAGGCUAAAGCAUCAGAACAGUUGGGAGUUCUUCUUCCAAGGGAAAAGAAAAGGCAUGAAUAUCAUGAAGCUGUCAAGAAUCGCUACAAGCACCUCCCUGAAGUCAAGCGUAUAGUGAGGCACAGGCACUUGCCAAAACCAAUAUACAAGGCAACUGGUCUCCGGCGUACUAUGAUCGAAGCCGAGCGAAGGAGAGAAGAGAAGAGGAAAGCUCACAGUGCCCCAGGAAGCAUUACAUCAAAGCCAUUACGGCAAAGAAGAAUUGUCCGUGUUGAGGAGUGAAUUAUACAGGGAGGUACAUGCUGGUAGUCAACUGUUGCCUUUGUUGAAGGAUGAACUUUCAUACCCACGUUUCCUCUGGAUUUACAGCAUGGUUCAUCCCUUCAGUUAGUGACUUUCCAAUCGCAGAAAAUCUUGACAUGCGGAAAUGUCUGUUGCCUUUGGCUUUGUAUUUAAUUAAAGUUUUGCACAAAUGUCUGAUGGCUUUGCCAUUGUAGGUCAUAUUAUAGUUGAAUUAAAUUUGGAAAUUAAAAAGGAUUAAAGUUUUGCACAAAUGUCUGAUGGCAUGGCUUUGCCAUUGUAGGUCAUAUUAUAGUUGAAUUAAAUUUGGAAAUUAAAAAGGAUGAAAUUCGUCCUCCUCUUGGUGGCAUUUAUGUAUUUGGAUGAAAGUAUUUGUUGGUACUUAACCUCAAUGCGAUUAAGAAUAGGAAUGCA